CCCGCUUCAAGUGUUUGCCCGCUCGAAUAAUUAUGUUUCUGAGAACCGCGGUUCUUUUUCUCCCUUUUCUUUGCACAUCUCUAGCCCAAGACAUGACUGAACUACGUGUAGAAGCGAAACAUUUGACAACGCAUGGUGGCGCAUGGCUUCUCGUCCUGAGCUCCGUGUUCUUAUGCAACCUCCUCAAAAUCCUUCUACCCUCCUGUUCUUCCAUUAUAUCUAGGUUGCUACAAAAGGAUGCUGAGCAGGAAUCUGAAAUGCGAUCUGAUAUUCAGAGCAUGAAGCAAGAACUUUCUACCAUUAGUAUGAUGGAUGAAUUUGCCAGAUAUGCUCGAUUAGAAAGGAAAAUUAAUAAAAUGACUGAUAAGCUUAAGACACAUGUGAAAACGCGAACUGCUCAACUAGCCAAAAUAAAGUGGGUAAUAAAUAUUGUGUUCUACAUUUUGCAAGGUGCCUUAAUGAUAUCAUUAAUUUGGAAAUAUUACUCUGAACCAGUUACUGUGCUCCCAAGCAAAUGGCUAGCCCCUUUGGAACGCUUAGUAGCUUUUCCAACAGGAGUGGCAGGUGGUGUCGGAAUUACAUGUUGGUUGGUGGUUUGCAACAAAGUUGUUGCCAUUAUGUUAUACCCAUUCAAUUGAGAAGGAAACAUGUCUCACUUUCAGCAAUAUUUGAACUCCUGUCAUUUUUUCAGUAUUCUGCUACGAUAGGAGAUAAAUCUCAAGAAUGUGAAAGACUAGAAGGAUGCAGCUUUUAAAAUAAAAUAAAAAAAAAACUAUUUAAAAUUUUCUUCACUCUUAUGGAAGUUACAAUAUUUGAAAACGUGCAACUCCUUAAUUCUUGUUCACUUCAUAGUUUAAUAUUCAAUUAUUGAAAUAUAACUUCUACCACAAUCAAUGACUUUCGCUUGAUAUAUAGUUAUUUCCUUUCAUUGUUAGAUGAUGUAUAGGAUAUAUGCUGAAUAUGAAAUAUUACUGUGUGUGAUGCUAUAUUUGUUCUAAGUAUCUAAAAUCUAUUAAUAUCUACUAAUUCUAAUGCUAAUAUGUACUAUCACAUGGUUCUAUCUAAUAAUUACUAAUUCUAAUACUAUCUAAUAUCUACUAACAUAUUCUAAUUCUAAAUACUAAUAUCUAGUAUGUAAUAUCUAUUACCGUGUUUCCCUGAAAGUAAACCCACCCUGGAAAGUAAGCCCCAGCUGAUUUUUGGGGGUGGGCUUAAUAUAAGACACAAGGUAAGGGUGGGGAUCUGCCAGUGCCUCUGCGAUGAAGCAAAGCUGAUGGGGGACAGAGGAAUCUGACCCAUGUGCUGGUAUACCGGUUCCUCCACCUCGGCGCCCUUCCUGUCGCUGCCCAGAAUGGCCGCUCUGGGGCUGCAGGGGCUGGCCUGGCAUGGGAAGGACAGAUGUCCCACCUGCACCAGUACCAUACCUGGUCCACCACCACGCUCUUGCCGCCGUGUUGCUUCUCCACCCCAUGAACAGGCCCCACCCCACCCCCGCGCGCUCACUACCUACUAGUACCGGCAAAAAGUAAGCCCUCCCCGAAAGUAAAUCCUAGUGCUUACUUCAGAGCCCAAAAGAAAGUAAGACUAGGUCUUACUUUUAAGGAAACACAGUACUUCUAAUAUUUACACUCAUAUCUACUAUCAGUAGUUAAAAAUACUGGAUAUGGGGUAAAAAAAAAACAAUUGUCAAAGAAGACAAUUUUCUGAAAAAAACAUGUUUAGGGGUUUGACUGGAAUCAUCACUGCAAGCUAUCAUUUGUGUAUCAAAACUCAUCAUAGAGUUUUUUACUCUGCAAAGUUUUUUUUUUCCUUACACGCCAUGCUUAAAUUAGUAUUUCGACCAUUGCUAUUUAAAAUGUGGUUUGGAUCAAACAGUUUUUCCAAAAGAAGCCUUUUCUUUUCUGGAGGUAUGUUCAGACUGUUUUCUUCACCAGCAGUUGAAGGGCUGUCUUUUUGACCAUCUUUGGAAAAUUUGACAAAUGGGGGCUCAUAAUUAGUGAUUGAAUCACCUAUAAAAUCAGCUAUUUCACCCUGUUUCCAUUUCUUCAGUCUUCUACUGCAUGCUAUCUUUGGGUUGCCUAAGGGACCUGUGGAAAAUAUCCGUGAUGCAAAUUUUCAAUGGCCUCUGAAAAUACAUAUUUUUUUACAUGUAGAUGGUGUUCUAUGACUUCGUAUUACUGUUAUUAAUUUGUCACAAACGGCUUCUUUUGCCUCUUUAUCUUCUUUGUUUUCAUGUUUGUCAACUGCAACAUCUUCCAAAUUGUUUUCUUUUGACUGAACAUGAUGUGUAGGAAGAAAUGAUGGUUCUGUCUUUAAUUUAUCAAACUUUUCUUUCAAUAAGUUCAGCCAUUGCCUUUCUCUCCUGUUCUUCCUUUUUAUAUUUUCAUAUUGGAUAUUUUUUUCUACCUUUGGGCAGAUAUCUUCACUUUGUAACUGUUAUUUCGACAUUAACUAUUUAGGAAUAUGCAUUAUUUGUUAGACUAAACAACAGUAACAAAAGAACAUUAUUCUGACUAGUAUUACUUAAAAUGACACCUUCAGUUUAAAUAAACGGUCCAA